CUGUACAAUACACAUUUAUUGAGCACCAGACAUGCCAUGCUAGAUGCAGGUGACCCAGAGCAUCAAGGAGCACACAGUCUGAUGGCAGAGGCACACACAAUGUCUCUAGGAUGUAUUAAAUCAGUCAGUGGCCGGGUAUGGUGGCUCACACAUGUAAUCCCACCACUUUGGGAGGCCAAGGUGGAAGGAUCACCUGAGGUCAGGAGUUCGAGACGAGCCUGGCCAACAUGUUGGAAACCCAUCUGUACUAAAAAUACAACAGUUAGCCUGGUGUGGUGGUGGGAACCUGUAAUCCCAGCUACUUGGGAGGCUGAAGCUGGAGAAUUGGUUGAACCCAGGAGGCAGAUGUUGCAAUGACUGGAGAUUGCGCCAUUGCACUGCAGCCUGGGUGACAUGAGUGAAAUUCCGUCUCAAAAGAAUUAAUAAAAUGAAUCAGUCAGCAAGAGAUGCAGCUCAGGGUACUCUGGGGAUAUCUAGAGGCACAGUACCUUCCGCUUCUCAGACAGGGAGGGAGAAUAGCACAGGCUGAAGGAGAGUGGAACAUAGCAGUUGGCCUCUGAUGGUGGGACUGGCAACAAAUUCCUAAGGGCCACUUCCCUGUUUUCAGGGACUAGGUAGGGCUAGAUAUGAGGCUCAGGAUGGACAAGGCUUUAGAGCCAGGUUGGAGAAGUUGAAAGAGCAUUACUAGAGUGGGCAGGCCUAGGCUAUGCUCUUUACUCUGCCACUGACUGUGUGAUCUUGGGCAGGCCACUUGACCGCUCAGGGCUGUGCACUCCCUUAUUUGUAAAACUAGAGGGCUGAGCCCGCACGUUUUCCAAGGGUUCUUCUAGCACUGAUGGUCUGAUUCCAAGAGGGAACCCACUGUCAGAGUGGGACACUUCCUCAUUUCUACUCGCCCAAAGGUUCAAGACCUGGGGAAUUAGUGGAGAGGCCUGGAAAGACAGGAUCCAGAUAAAAGCCAAAGUUCCUGGCAGGGCCGCGGCCACUGCCCUGAUUCCUUAGGUAUGAACAGAGCUUUUCCAGCUCCCAAAGUGUUCUAAAUUAUUUCCUAACACGGGGUCAUUGAGAGAAAGAGAUUCUUACCCCCAUUCCACGGGACAAACGGAGGCUCAGGGAGAUUUAAAGAUCAUGCUCAAGAGGUUAUUUGGGGACAAAGCUUACUCAGGAUGUGGAGGGGCUGCUGAGAAGCAGGGACUGGAGCCUGAGGUGGGGCAAGCUGAGACCUGGGGGUAUGUGUAUGUGGUAGUGGUGCUUGGGCCAUGGAAUGAAGUGGAAGAAACAGCCAAGAGCUGGGCACUGAGGGAACAAGCUGGGGGGCCCUGGGCGUGGGUUCCCUGGAUCCAGGGAGUGUGAGGAUGGCUUUCCCUGGUUCCUGAGGCAUGGACUGAGUCCCAACUGCAUCUGAGCUCUGCUCUGCUAGCUUUGUGGUGUCUGGAUCGGGGAAGUUACUGUUAGAAAGUUGCCGUCAGCAGGCGUCCUUCCAGCUUUCCAUGGAAAUUCUGGGAGCUGCUCCGAGUUUGCGGCCGGGCCUUCCUUCCUUCUCCCCAAUGGACACAGGACCUUGACGGCCAGCGGGCUCCAAGGCCCAGGCCUUUUGCCAACAGCAACAGGCUACUAGCUGGGCCCAGGCAAGGGGGCCUUGGCAGGAAACGUCCCUUGUUGUACCUUCACUACACUCAGAGGCCAGUGAGGGGGGUACCAGACAGGACUCCUUUCUCCUGGGUGAAGUGCCCCUGCAGCCCCCCACGGUCCACCCCAUGGAUGUUUCCUUUACAGAAGUACAAUGCUGAUUAUGAUCUGUCAGCUCGGCAAGGGGCAGACACCCUGGCCUUCAUGUCUCUCCUGGAGGAGAAGCUGCUCCCGGUGCUGGUGAGUGUGCCCAGACUUCCCUGCAUCCAUGGCCAGCAGGGGAGGGGUAGGGUGCACACACACGCACACACUGGUUCAGGGCAGCAUGGGGGUCAGGAGCCCACCUUGAAUCAGACAGGUGCACUGGCUCAGACCUGCCUGUUUCUUCAUGCCUACCCAAUCCAGGUACAUACUUUUUGGAUAGACACCAAGAACUAUGUGGAAGUGACCCGGAAGUGGUAUGCAGAGGCUAUGCCCUUUCCCCUCAACUUCUUCCUGCCUGGCCGCAUGCAGAGGCAGUACAUGGAACGGCUGCAGCUGCUGAGUGGGGAGCACAGGCCUGAGGACGAGGAAGAGUUGGAGAAGGAGCUCUACCGAGAGGCUCGGGAGUGUCUGACCCUGCUCUCUCAGAGCCUGGGAACCCAGAAGUUCUUCUUUGGAGAUGCCCCUGCCUCCUUGGACGCCUUUGUCUUUAGCUACUUGGCCCUGCUCCUUCAGGCCAAGCUGCCCAAUGGGAAGCUGCAGGCUCACCUGCGGGGGCUGCACAACCUCUGUGCCUAUUGUACCCACAUCCUCAGUCUCUACUUCCCUUGGGAUGGAGCUGAGGUACCACCCCCACGCCACACACCAGCAGGCCCAGAGACUGAAGAAGAGCCGUACGGGCGCCGGAACCAGAUCCUAUCUGUGCUGGCAGGGCUGGCAGCCAUGGUGGGCUAUGCCUUGCUCAGCGGCAUAGUCUCCAUCCAGCGGGCAACACCUGCUCGGGCCCCAAGCACCCAGGCCCUGGGCAUGGCUGAGGAGGAUGAAGAGGAAUGAUUGGUCCUCAUGCUCCCAGGACUGGUUUUUCUACUCUCAUGCAUUCCAGAGGCCCCUGUGCCUCCUCAUUGUUGGUACAGCCAGAAACGGGGUGCUGCCCCCAGAAUAAAGCCACUCACACUGACUGAGCUCAAA